UACGAAGCUCACUGCUGCUAAAUACAAACCUCCGGAUACACGGACACCGCAGACAUCGACGGCGGUUUUGGACGAGACGUGUCGGACUUUUACAAAGCGAAAACGUACAAGAAGAAAGCAUGGCUCCAAAGAGAAGGGCAGCGGCUGCCACCAAAGCAGGCGGAAAGAAGAUAAAAGAAGAGCCUGAAGCGCCAGUAAAAGACAAGUUCACCUCGGCUAAAGAAGCUUUGAAGGCCACAGGCUCACAGGUUAAGGUCAAAAGGAAACCAGACUUCUAUUGUCAACUGUUGAAUGCCGAGGUUUAUGAAGAUUAUGACUGUAUGCUCAAUCAGACCAACAUUGGAAAUAACAACAACAAAUUUUAUUUAAUCCAGGUCUUAUUGUCAGGAGGGAAAUAUUAUUGCUGGACAAGAUGGGGCAGAGUAGGAGAUGCAGGACAGAACAAUUUAUCUGAACCUUCAAAUGCUGAUGCUGCCAUUAAGAACUUUGAAAAGAAAUUCAAAGACAAAACAAAGAACAACUGGAGCGAUCGUGCUAACUUUGUCUCUUAUGCGGGAAAAUACACUCUGAUUGAAGUGGAAGGAGACUAUGACGCUGAAGUGAUGGUUGAUGCUGUAGAUGGCAAAGUCGUGACAGCAAAAAAGAACAUUCUGCCCUGCACACUGAAAGAUGCAACGCAAAGACUCAUCAAGUUCAUCUUUAACAAUGACAUGUUCAAGGAGGCCAUGGAGAGCAUGAACCUGGACGUUAAGAAGAUGCCGCUGGGGAAGCUGAGUAAGCAGCAGAUUGCUAAAGGCUUUGAGGCAUUAGAAGAGAUUGAAGAAGCAAUAAGGAGAAAAAAUAAUGAAAGGAAGUUAGAAGAGCUUACUUCUAAGUUCUUUACCAUUAUUCCACAUAACUUUGGCCGCAAUAGACCCCCUGUCAUCAGAACUAAUGCCAUCCUUCAGGACAAGAAGGAGAUGCUUCUGGUCUUGGCAGAUAUAGAGAUCGCCCAAAGCCUUAAAGCUGAAUCAGAAAAAGCGAAGGAUGAGAUGGUGGAGACUGUUCCUCAUCCAAUAGACCAGGACUAUCAGUCUCUAAAAUGCAACCUUAAACUCAUGGAUAAAAAAUCUAAAGAGUUUAAGAUUAUUGAGAAGUACUUAAGUGCCACUGGUCAAAGACUCCGCAUAAUAGAUGUAUGGGAAGUGGACAGAGAUAAAGAGGCAGAGCGCUUCAGUGACAAUGAUGCUUUGGACAACCGGAGGUUGCUGUGGCAUGGAACUAACGUAGCCGUUGUGGCAGCUAUUCUGAAAAGUGGUCUACGCAUCAUGCCACACUCUGGUGGUCGAGUGGGCAGUGGUAUUUACUUUGCCUCAGAAAAUUCCAAGUCUGCUGGUUAUGUCCGAACAUCAAAGGAUAUCGGCAUUAUGUUUCUGAAUGAAGUUGCUCUUGGCAAGGAAUACACCAUUACCAGAGAUGACCCUUUCCUAAAAGAGGCUCCUAAUGGCUACAACAGUGUGGUAGCACGUGGGACACAAGAACCAGAUCCCUCAAAAGAUGUCUUCAUUCAGCUAGAUGGGAAGGAAGUUGCCGUGCCACAGGGGAAACCCAUAAAACAACCUCAGUACCAGACUAGCAGCUUCUACAACAGUGAGUAUCUAAUUUACAAAGAGAGUCAGUGCCGCAUCCGCUACCUGCUGGAGCUCCACUUCUAACCUCAUCCUGUGAAGAGCCCGAAUCCUGCUCCACUAAACAUGGUUGUUUAACUCUUACAAAGUUGCUUUUGUGCGUCAUAUUUAUAGUGGACCAAAGUUGAUAAAAAAAAUUUAUUUGCUGACAUGUUCAGCAUAACUUCAUUUGUAAUUCAAACCAUUAAUAAAUAAAGAAAAUAUUGAUAAGAUUUUUUGGAAUUCAGAGGGUAUGUGGAGGAUCUGUUUUUUUUUUUUAUUUUUUUUUUUUAAGUUGCUCAAACCUUUUUAAAUUACAAACAUAUUUUUGCAUUUAGCGGACAUGAUAGGUUUUCUGCGUUUGUUCAAGACAGUUUUAGUGCCUUCAUUUUAUUACAGAAGCUGUUUGAAUACUUGUCUCUGUCUUGAACUUGCUUUUGAAUUGUGCAACGUCUAAAACAAAAGUGAAACGUAUGUUUGUAACUUAAAAGAAGUUAAAUUGUGCUGAAAUUUCCAUUGUUUCUGUUAGAAUUCUGUAUUGGCUUUCUAUCUUGACAUUGUUUCUAACUUUGUUAGUGUUUUGGGCAAUAUACAUGUUUGUGUUUUUCUUUUUUUUUUUUUCCUUUUUCUUUUUAAACCACUGUAUCCAUCCAUGCCAUGUGAAUUGUGUACCUUAAGAAAAGGGCCAUUGUUCGUUAUUAAUUAAUUUGGGGUAAAAAUUAGAACUGUUAUAUUCCUGUAUGAAUCCUGAAAUUUAUAUUCAAUAAUUUUGUCUUUAAAAAAAAUUAAAGCAUGUAUUUGUAUUUACUUUAAAGGAGCUACACAACUGAUUCCUAAGAUUGAACUAUCGGUACCUGAUCACAUUGUUUCAAAGUUUACUUUUUAUACUGCUCAUUGUCUCUGUCUUGUUUGAAAUCUUUCACAAGGUCCCAGAACCAAAUACCCUUAAAAAAAAAAAAAAAUCUAAAUCAGCACCCAGCAGUUCACAUUUUAUUUUAUGUGGCCUCUUUGUGGCAUCUUCAUUAUAGAGAUCACUCUCUACAUUAUUUUUAUUUUUAACAUGUGCUCCAAAUUUGAAGUUUAUUAUGCAUACCUGCAUAUUGCACUAUGAACAUAACAUAAAUUAUAUUACUGUUAAUGCUUGCUUGAGUCCAGGACUUGCCUAGUUCACUUGCACUUUGUUUACUGCUAACUGAUUUUGAAGGAAUGUCAAGCUCUUAAGAGUGCCUUGGGUAAACUUGUUGCUGUGGUAACUCAACAGGUGGGAAAUAAAUAAUUGUG